AUGAGUGCAGGUGGCACAUUUGUCCCGCCGAUGAUGAUAUUCCCGAGGAAACGGGACAAUCCACUACUGAUGAAAGACGGCCAUGCAAGCCACACCAGAAAUAUUAAAGUAGUGGAUUUAGCCAGAGAAAACCAUGUUCACUUGCUGUCUCUGCCUCCACACUCAAGUCACAAAAUGCAGCCACUCGAUAAAACAUUCAUGGGUCCAUUAAAAAAGUACUUGACUGAAGAAACUCGCAAGCGAAUGCAACCUCGAGCAGUAACACAUUUUGACAUUGCGGGAUUAUUUGGUCUAGCCUAUAUAAGAGCUCAGCGUGCAGAAUUGGCAAUUAGCGGUUUUCGUGCAACUGGGAUAUAUCCCGUUAAUAGACACGUCUAUGAAGAUCAUGAUUUUAUUGACGAAGACCUUCCAGAAGUAGAGGGGCCUUCUAAUGAUCCAGCGCGCGAUAUGACGACACCAGUUAAUAUCAUUCCCGAUAACCCGAUACCUGAGCCAAGGGCUGUUGUACUCUGGAACCUCAAUCUGUGA